UGAAUUUGUCUUCUAGAAAAACAGAACACUAGUUAUUGUUAGCAACAUGACAAUGGAAAAACUGAGAGGGGUAAAAUGGUAAUCUAAUUAAAGCUAUCUUAAAUAUCUUCUUUGUAUUUACUGACUUGGAGAACAUUGAGACAGUGCAGAAUCAGCCACACUGAGAAGUAACUGAAAUGGCAAGGAGACCGGAUUAUGGAGCUUUCACUGAGAAAUUUGUGCUGAAACCAGACUCUCCAUCUGAUCAACUUCCUCUAAAUGGUCUCACCUUUGCUGUCAAAGAUAUAUUUGAUAUGGAAGGACAUGUGACUGGUUUUGGAAGUCCGGACUGGGUGAGGACUCAUUCAGCUGCCACAUCAACAGCUCCGGCUGUUUUAGCUAUACUAAAAGCAGGAGCUACUUGUGUUGGUAGAACUAUUACGGAUGAGAUGGCAUAUAGUAUAAAUGGGGAAAAUGCCCAUUAUGGCACACCUAUAAACCCUUGUGCUCCAGAUUGUGUACCUGGAGGAUCUUCUAGUGGAUCUGCUGUUGUAGUAGGUGCAAAACUUGUAGAUUUCUCUUUAGGAUCUGAUACCGGAGGAAGUGUAAGAGUACCGGCAUCAUAUUGCGGUAUUUUGGGGUUUCGUCCUUCACAUGGUGCUGUUUCAAUUUCAGGAGCUGUUCCUAUGGCGCAAAGCUUUGAUACUGUCGGAUGGUUUGCUAGAGAUCCAGUGAUUUUAAAUAGAGUUGGGCGGGUUCUUCUUCAAUUGACUGAGUUGGGUCAGACCAAACCAAGUCAGAUAAUUAUUGCAGAAGAUUGUUUCCAGCUUUCGAGCAUUCCAACAAAUCGAGUUAGUCAAGUUCUUGUUAAAUCAGUGGAGAAGCUAUUCGGUGGUGAUAUUGUGAAGAAUGUGAUUUUAGGAGACUAUGUUAAGGACAAAGUUUCAAGUUUGAGUCAUUUUAUGAGUAAAGAGAUCACAGAACAAGAGUAUAAUAUAGCAUCCUUGGCAGCUCUCUCGAAGGCCAUGCGGUUGACUCAAAGGUAUGAAUUCAGGAAUAACCAUGGUGAAUGGGUUACUUCUGUUAAACCUAAUUUGGGUCCAGGCCUAUCAGAACGAAUUUGGGAAGCUGUACAAUCAUCAGGAGAAAAUAUCGACGCCUUCAAAUCUGUGAGGACGGAACUACGAGCCGCCCUUUCAACUCUUCUCGGGGACUUUGGUAUCCUUGCCCUUCCUACGGUUGCCGGGCUUCCACCAAAACUACAAAUGGAUGCACCCAGUCUUGAAAUUUUCCGUGCUAAGGCUUUUAGCUUGCUCUCAGUCGCAGGAGUAUCAGGAUUCUGUCAGGUGAGCAUACCGCUAGGAAUGUAUGAUGGUUAUCCUGUAUCCAUUUCGUUGGUGGCGAAACGUGGUUCGGAUGGUUUUCUGCUCAAUGUUGUUGAAACUAUUUAUGACACUCUCCAAGAAGAGGUUGCAUUGUCUGGAAAAUAGUCCUAAAGAAAUGAAUUAUGACUCGGUCAGAUUUGCAAAUUCAAGACAUGGAAGAUCUUAUUCUUGCAAAUCAAUGUGGUUUGAUUAUGUAUCUUUGUAAUGUGAAACAUGUUACUUGGUCAAGGAUUUGUUAUGCUAUUAUUUUACUAUGAAUAAUCGUUUCUAGCCUA